GAACACCGACGAGGACCAGCACCACGACGAGCAGCUCGCCAAGGUACAGCACUAUCGUGCCAAGCUGGCCGAGCUCCGCAACAAGCUCGCCGAGGACCCGUUCUUGGAGGAUGCCCUGCAGCAGCAGGUGGCGCAGCUCGAGGAAGAGCUCGCUGCAGAACGGGCAUCAUUGGACAACGGAGUGCCGCACUGCUUCGCCGAAUGCAGAGUGGUACGAGAGGGCAACAGAGUCGCGGACCAGUGCCAGCAUAGGAUUGACACGCUGGAGAAGGAGCUGGCAACGACGCAGGAUAAGCUCACGGACGAGAGAGCGAAGAUGGAGCGCGGGGGUGAGCAGCAGGAGCAGCUCGCGGCCGUGCUGGACCACGCCAAGGAGCAUAAGAAGAAGGAAGAGGAGGCGGCCGCCAAGCACACCGAACACUUUCAAGAAUGCCGAGGUGGAGCGGGCUGCCCGUGCAGCACGCGACAGAUCCGACAGGGACCGCACAGCGCCGACCCCAAGAACCGCCGCUGCCCCGACUGCGGAGAGGCCAACGAGGACCUCAUCGAGCUCGAGGCGGGGGCCAGCGAGCUGGACAUCAGCAAGACCCUCGUGGCCGCUGGGGCCAUUCCUGAGCAGGCUGGCAAGGUGGUCGGUGCUCUCAAGUUUUUGGCUGGCGAGCUGCAGCCAGGCGAGCCUGGCUGUGCACACGAGGCCAACACAGUGGGCUCGCUGGAGCGCGCUAUGAUGCAGGUCAGGCGCGACGACACGGACGCCAUCAGUCUGACACAGGAGCUGCAGGCCAGUGGCACGCGGCUCGAGCUGUUCCAGACACGCAUGCGCAAGCAGGGAUGGAACAUAGGAGCAAUGAGCAGCGCGAAGGACGACCUCGUCUGCGGGACCGCCUACAUGUGGAACAGCGAGGGCCUCGCGCCGCGGAACCAGCGUACCUUAGCGAAGUGGGGCUCCACCAUGGACACACUCCAGGAGGAGUGGAUACUCGGGGGCGACUUCAACAUGGACCCUGCGGCGCUGGAGAACUCAGAGGUUGUCGGCAAGAUGAACGGGGCCAUCGUGCGCGACACGAACAGCGGCACAUGCAUGAGGCCAGACGGCGAGCGGAACACGCGGGACUACUUCAUCGUUUCGCGAGGCCUGGCGUCGGAAAGGCUCAAGGUACACUUGAUGGAAGGCUACAGCACGGCGCCGCACCUUCUAGCGAAGCCGGCGUUGUCCGUGCACCACAAUGACGCCAGCAAGAUCUACGCGCAGUGCAAGCGCACGCCCUGGCCAAUGACGCGGCCGACGGGAUGUCCGACGCAGUCAGUGGCCUGGCCAAGGCCGCCAGCGAGCCACGGGGAGUACACGCAGCGCCACAUCGACGGGUACUGGAGCGAGCUGGGGAGCGCCUGCGAGAAGCACGUGAACAGAUACAGCGGCUUCGAGGGCAUGGGCCUCAGCAAGCGACAGGGCUACUUCGAGAGGGCGAACUACGAGUGGCAGCAGCGCCGGCCCAAGCCGUGCGCGGCGGCCGCGGAGCAGCAGCAGUGGGCCGAGGGCGCCGAGUGGCUGGCGCGGCGGCCCAGGCAGCUGCAGGCCCUGGCCCGAGCACGGCGGCGGAAAGGAGAUGGGGGCACUUGGAGGCGGGGCCAGUAUAUCGCAGACGGCCCCCUCCGCCAAGACAACGUUCUCCCGCUGCUCGCGGCGAAGGCGCCUGGGCAGACAGCAGAUGGGAGCGACGCUCCAGAAGGUGGCGAGCUGGAAGGAGAAGAGCUGCGGGACACGGACGCCCAGGAGGCUCACAUCACAUGGGGCACGAUCAGCCGGCCGCUCAUCGUGCGCGCGCUGAAGGACAUGCGCCUCGGCAACAUAGACGAGGGCGCCCAGCGCUACCUGGGCUACGUCGCCACCCUGCUGGACCUCGCCAGCAGGCGUUGCCGGAAGACGGCCCACUGCGCGGCAGCAGCGCAGUGGGUGGAGACAACGGGCAAGAAGGCCGACGACAGCGAGGGGAUCCACGUGCUGGCGAACCGACAGAAGACCGCGGGGGCAGCGCUGCAGGGCUGGGGGAUGAUCUGGGGCGACCCCCUGGAUUGCCGAGCCCCAUGGUUGCAGCCGCCCGCCGCCCUUGAGUGGGCGGAGUACAGGCCGCGGCCCAUCGCUCCGAAGCAGGAGCUGGAGGCUCGCGGCCGCUUCAGGCGUAAAACGGGACUCGGCGAGUCAGGAUGGCACCCGCGCCUGCGGGGCGAGGGCGGAGCCCAUGGAGCUGCGAGGAUCGCCAGUGUUCUCAACGCGCUGGAGGCGGGCGCGCCGCGGCCGCAGGCGCGGGGCACCACCCUCUCCUACCUGGCGGCGAAGGCAGCAGGCGGCUUCCGCAAUCUGGGGCCGCUGCCAGAGCUGGCGAGGCUGCGGGGGGCCACCCGCAUGCCGCGCGCCAGGCGCUGGGAGCAGGCGCUGUUCUGCGAAUCCACGGUUGCCGAGGGCAUGGAGCAUGCGGUCGCGUACUUCGACCUGGUCAAGCGUUUCGAGCGCGUCAUGCACGGGGAGGCGUGGCAGGCGGGAGCCCGCUCAGGGUUCAACAUAGUCAUCCUCAAGAUGGCGCUGCGCAUCUCCAUGGUGCGCCGCGUCGUCAAGGACAGUGCAUGCGCGGAGGGCAGACGCUGGGAGCGAGGCUCCGUGGCGGGCAGCCGCCUCGCGCCCCUCUGCCUCAAGAAGGUCGCGCAGCGGCCCAUGACCAUGCUCGAGCGGCUGGACACGAUGGUUUCCCGAGGCGCGGAGGGGAAGACGGUCGCCAUGGCAUCGACCACCGCGCUGCAGGACGGCCUCGCCAGGCGCGCGAAACCGCUCGGUGCCAGGAUAGCGCGGCGCGCCGAUCACUUGGGCGCCGCCACAGCAGCGGGCAGGAGACGACGAGCCAGCGGCUUCAGCAGGAGGGCGGGCAAGUAUGCCACGCGGCGAGACCGCAUCGCGCGCAUGCGACGCGCGGGGGGGCCCGCGCAGGCGAUCACCAGGCAGGGCAAUGUGCAGUCUGCCAUGUACGGGGUGCAGGUCAUGGGCAUGGCAAGCUCAACGCUGGUGCACCUGGGGCAGAGCGUAGCGACCUCCUUCAGGGGCAACGCCAUGGGCAGGUCGACGUCGCUGGUGCUCCUCGCCGAGGACGCCGACCCAGACAUCCGCGCCAACACGGAGCCGCUGGUCAAGUGGACCAUGGCGCGGCAGGAGGUCGACGGCCAGCCAGACCUGCAGCGCCAGCUCCAGGGCGCCUGGAAGAUUAGGGUUGAUCGAGUGGGUCGGGCCAAGGCCCCUUGGCUGCAGGUGCGAGGUCCAGCGGGAGUUUCCGUAGCGACAACGGACAGGUUGGGCUGGCAGACGCAGGCAGCCCACGGAAUCACCAUCGGCGAGGAGGUCCUUGACCUCAGGACGCCCCCGAUCAGUGAACCGAAGCAGCGCGUCCGCAGGGCCACAGAGGACAGCCUCAAGCAGGCGUGGCUCGCCAAGCACGUGGAGACGCACGGCGUCACCAACCUGUUCGUCGAGCCCGCGCAGGCGCUGCUCAAGCGACAGUGGACAGGCACAUGGCCGCAGCAGCGGCUCUACGACAAGGGCGCCGCGCAGGGCAACAUCUGCAAGGCGUGCCAUGACGGAGCAGGCGCGGACCGACACAUGACCUUCGCGCGCGCGGCCAGAGCAGAACACCGGCGAGCUGUCGGGGGGCAUCACAUAUGCCGCCGCGGGGCUGCAAGGUGGCCUGGAGCGUCGGAGGCGCAGCGUGCUGCGUCAGCGGCGCCCUGGGGGCGCGGCCUGGCGCCUGACCCCGCGGUGGAGUUCAGGCUGUGGGGCCUGCCCUCCAGGGGCAUCAGCGCCGUGGGGGGCGAAUUCAUCGGGUUCGCGCACGGGGGCGUCUACACCGACGGGAGCCUCCUAUACCGCGAGUACCCA